UAGCCCAUAGGAAGUGUGUAACCACUGACGUUUUCCUGCUGUAGCUGAGGAAAAUAUUUCCGUUCCCUUGGCUGCUGCAGGAGGAACAGCCUGGAUACAGAGACGAGGUGGAUAUUCCAACCACACUGUCACAUAUUGUAGAGUAUCUCUGUACGUCUGAACGUGUCUCCCAUUGAGCAGGCGAUAUUCUAGGAAACAAAUAGUGCUGAAGAACAUGUUUGCUAUUCAGAAACCUGAGGCCACCCCUCAUCAGUCACCUUUUCAUGAUACAAAAUCUUUGGGAAGCCUACCAUUCCCCAGCGAUAAAGAAAGGAAACAGGAUACAAAUUUCAACAUUUUGGAAGAAGUUUAUGACAAAAAUGAAAACUGGAGGCAGGAGAAGAAAGAAGAAGAAGAAGAAAGUAAAAUAAAGACAGAUGAGGAAAGAUCUUCUUUGGAAGAUAACAGAAGUCAUUUGAAAAAUAAGUCAAUUGGGCAAUUGAAGGUGGUCAGGUCUGAAGGUAUAAGUUUAUCGUCCUCAGAAGAAGAAGUGAGAAGCCCACCAGAGGGGGCAGAGAUUAUGGAGCUAGAAGGGGAUACCCCAGUUAAAGAUGCCAUAAAAGAAAGUGCUGAUUGGCCAGCUUCACCGUUAGAAGAUAACGGAUAUGCUAGCAGCUCCCUCAGCAUUGAUAGUCCAGAUAGUGUAUCUGGCAACAUAUGGGAAGAAGCAAGCGUCUCAGUACCUAAGGCUAUCCUACAAGAAGAUCCCGAAACAGAAGAAUCUGAGGUUGAGUCCUCAUCAGACUCUGAAUCACUUUCUCUUACGUUGACAGAAGCAUUCCAAAGCUUACAGGACAAGGAGAAGCUAAAAGAGAAGGAAAAAGAAAAACAUCAUGCACAACUCACCAUGUAUCGCCGUCUGGCCCUACUGAGGUGGAUCAGAAGCUUGCAGCAGAGGGUGAGAGAUCAGCAGAACAGGUUGCAAGAAAGCUUUGAUACUAUCUUGGAUAACCGCAAAGAGAUCUUAAGAUAUAUUCAGCAUGGUUGUAGCAAUAUGUCGAACAAGGAAACAGCGUGACAUAUCAACAGAACCAACCAUCAUCACAUCACCAGGGAGCAACCACCACAUCCUCAAGAUUUUACACUCCUAUCCCACCAGAGUGAACCUAAAGCAAACAAAGCAGAAGAUUCAAAACACAUUUCAUCAUUCAAGAAAUUAAUGCUGUUACCUUCACUGCUUUUACAUACCUCAGCCAGUCCAGUAGCAGGGUAGAGGGGAUAAUAUACAUAUUUAUUUAAUUGUGUUUUAUUGCAAAAAUGAAAUAAAACUACCACAAAGUA